GUAAUGGUGUGACGUGCGGGCUUGGUGCCAGCGCGGCUUCUCGGCACGACCGAGUGUGCAGACGUGCGAUUGCGCAGCGCGUCCUCCUCCACUGGAAGCAGGCUGGACCGUCCUGUAACGAGUAGUAGCAGCUGCGGCACGACGGCGGUUGUGAAAUUCGCUUGUCGCGACCACUUGGCGCAGAAGAAAGGACGACGCGCCACGUGUCCAUGCCUGCCAGCGACGAUCGGCGCGCGUUCUUGGCCGCCGCCAAGGCCGGCGACGUUUGCGCCAUUGCGGCCUGCUUGGCCGACCGAUCGUGCAACCCCAACGCGCACGUGGGCAACGGCUGGACGGCGCUGCAUUUCGCCGUCUACCAUGGCAACAUGGACGUUGUCCGUCUCCUCGUCGCGAGCCCGCGCGUCGACGUGAACGCGCUUACCAUAUGCGGCACGUCACCCAUUGCUCUCGCCUUGCAGCGCCAAGGGUCGCGCAUGCUCGAGAUCCUCCUCGUGCAUGGCUGCCGUCGGACCACGAUACCGCCUGCGAUGCAUCGCGCAGUGUCGAGCCUCUCGGAGGACGUCCAGCACAAGCUGUCGCCGGCGUGGUCGGUUGUGUGGACGCCAUUGCUGCACCCCCGGUUUCCGCAGCUGCAACGCGACGUCUGCUUUGUGCUGCUCUGCGCCAACGCCGGUCGGCACCGAAGGGGGUUCUUCUCGGCGCUGUGGCCCCGCGCAGCACGAAAGACGCAGUGGGUCUAUCUCCCGCCACCGCUUCUCGAUCGCAUUUUGGAGUAUUAUUUCUGGCUCGACUAAAAUCGAAUCUUACGCGGCCUUGUACCCGGCCA